AUGACCGAGACGGUGAUGCGCCAGAGUCCCUCGAUUGCCGUGGCCGCUUCGCAUUCGUCCUGGCGAGGAAUGGCUAGUGAAACAGCUCCGGAUACGUUGCCCGCUCCUCUAGCUCCGGAACCUCGAAGAAUGUUAUUCGAACAAAAUGUCGUUACUGCUGCAUCCUUGGAUGAAAAUACUAAUACUGGUGGAACCCGAGACAUUACCAGAGAAGAGUUUGCUAGUUCUUCGGAUGAUUAUCUUUCGGAUAAAGCGGAAGUUUUUUCAAGUGCUGGUGCCGCGCCUUCGCAGAGUGCUUCUCCGAGUAUAAAGUGGAAGGCGUUGAAUGAUUCCGAUGAUGAAACGAGUGAAGGCUAUGAUGAGAUGGAUGAGGAUACCGAUGAAGAGGGUAAUAAUGAAAAACCGGGAAUGUCGGACACAGAAACGAAAAACCUGCUGGAAGAUGCGGUUGAGGACGAGGAGGAUUCUGACGUCGAUGACAGCAAUACACUGAGCAGUGAAAUCGGUCGUGCGUCCAAGCAAGUGCAGGAUAAAACAUCAACGGAAUCGCUAGAGGAAUCAGUUUAUGGGAUGUCCGAAGAACAGAAAGCUUAUUAUACUAAAUGCUUUAAUCAUUUAAUGAAAAAGACUGUUGGACAUUAUGAUAUAAAUGGUGCAAUAUGUGGUGCGAAUGAGUAUGUCGUAGAGUUCUUCAAACGUAGUGGCUUAGAUCGUAAAAAACUUUCGAAGAUUUGGAGCUUGAGUGAUGUGAAUGAAGAUGGUUAUCUGGAUUUGAAUGAAUUCUCAGCUGCAAUGCAUCUUAUCGUUUUGCACAUUAAGGGUCAGAUUCCUAUACCAGAAGUAAUUCCGUUCGAAAUUCGCCCACCGGUGAGGCCUCGUCGAGAUAUUCAAUCGCAGCCUGUUUCUGAUGAUGCGGACAGUUAUAAAGGAGCUGUAAAAGUUAGCAAAAUGCAUGAUUGGAAACGGUUUGAUUUUGAUGAUGCAACGCUCGGAUGUCACUCGCAGCAGCAGCAACAACAACAACAACAACAACAGCAGCAACAGUACCAUUCAUUUAGCGAUGAUCACCUUCAUGUUCAUCCUACAAAUCAGAUCACUACGCAUCGACACCCGCAUGAUGGCACGUUCACUGGCGGAUGUGAAAUACAGGUCACGGUGCUUUUCGUCAAAUGCCAGACCUUCCACGGAUCCGACAUCUAUAACAGGCGACAGCAGCACGAUUACAAUAGUACUCCAAGGCUUUAUUGA